AUGGCGAAAUUCCGGUUCCAUAUCCGCUACUUCCUCCUCCUCCUCACUGCGGCUGCCACUGCAUCGUCGUUCAAAGUCCCCAGGCUCAGCAUCUACGACCCACGGCACCAUCUUGCCGGCGGCCAGACUUCGACAUUAACGGCGGCCGCGGAAGGUUUCGAGCCCCAUUUCUACAACCAAACGCUGGACCACUUCAACUACCUCCCGGAGAGCUACCUCACUUUCCGGCAGCGAUACUUCGCAAACUCCAAGCACUGGGGCGGGCCCGGCGCUCCCAUUUUCGUCUAUCUCGGCGCCGAGGCAGCCUUUCCUCACAAUUUCUCCGGAGGCAAAAGUUUCCUCAUUGAAAUCGCGCCAAGCUUCAAUGCGCUCUUGAUGUACAUUGAGCAUCGAUACUAUGGGGAAUCAAUCCCAUUCAGAUCGAGCGAAGAAGCGUUCAGUAACUCGAGCAUGCUUGGCUACAUGAACUCUCAACAAGCUAUCGCAGACUACGCGGAGAUCAUCUCUCACACAAAGGAGCAGUUCAACGCUGGCGAUUCUCCCGUGAUAGUUGUCGGGGAAUCCUAUGGAGGAAUGCUGGCAGCGUGGUUCCGAUUGAAGUACCCGCACCUGGCAAUUGGAGCACUGGCUUCAUCGGCCCCAAUUCUUUACUUCGACGACAUUACGCCGCAGGAUGCAUAUUUCAAUGUUGUCACCAAAGAUUUCAGAGAUGCUAGCGAGACGUGUUACCUAACAAUAAAGAAGUCGUGGGCAGAAAUAGACGAAAUGGCUUCCAAACCAUAUGGUCUCUCUAUGCUCAGUCAAAAAUUCAAGACCUGUGUGCCGUUGAAGAAUUCGACAUCUCUGACGGACGAACUGGAAGACCUCUACGCUUCAGCAGCCCAAUAUAAUGCACCACCAAGUUAUCCAGUGACCCAGAUAUGCACCGCAAUAGAUGGAUUUGGGCCCAACAACGAUACUCUUGGGCGCAUAUUUGCUGGCGUCGUUGCUUACUACGGAGAGAAGCCUUGUUACAUCAACGAACCAACUCAGCCCUCUGAAACCGACGGCGGAUGGGAUUGGCAGACGUGCAGUGAGAUGGUGAUGCCGAUCGGGUUUGGGAAUGACACGAUGUUUGGAUCCGAUAAACCUUUUAACCUCACCAAAUUCUCAGAUGACUGCAGAGCUCGUUACGGCGUCGCGCCUCGACCUCAUUGGAUCACCACCUACUAUGGUGGACAUGUACAUUCUCGAUCAUCUUUCCCCUCAAUCUAUUUGUGA